UUUCCAAAAACAACUUGAUUUAAUUUAAACGAUAAGUUAAAAUAAGUAGUGGUCUUUAGUCGCCUAUGCUAUGGGAUUAUUCGACAGAUUAUCAAACUGGCUAGGGUUAAAAAAGAAGGAGAUCAAUGUCCUUUGUAUAGGACUGGACAAUAGUGGCAAAACUACCAUUAUAAACAAACUAAAACCCGAGAAGGUUAGUUUGCCAUGCGUUGGUCUGUUUGUGUUUGUCGAUGAUGAGAUUGAUCUUUUUAAUAUCUACUCUUGUUUUAACAUUGGAUGUUUUUCUACAAAUUUUCCAUUUUUAGACUCAAGCGCAAGAUAUUGUACCCACGGUAGGCUUUACUGUGGAAAAGUUCAUAUCACAAAGGUAAAUGUUGAAUAAAAAAUAAGCUACACCUACCAAAAUAAGCUUUUGGGUAUGUAAUUUUUAACUUAAAAAAAACGAUUAAGUUGGUGGUUUCACGUGGAGUUUUGUUAACCUUUAACACUAAGCUUUUAGUAACUUAAAGAUUAGUAUUUGGUUUAUUCAAAAGUCUUAACAGAGGUGAACUAUUUUGAGAUUUAAGCUUUAUAUAGGUUCUUCUCUCGUCCUUGUUAAUUGUUAGACGUAGCUUAGCUUAUGUGCGGGAUUUUACCCGCUACAAAUUACCACCAUUUGUACAGAAAAUGGUAAAGCAAGAAAAUUCCACUUACACUAUAUACAGUAGUGUUUCGUUGGAAGGUGUAAAAAUUAUUCAACCUUUCAACUGCGGCAGAAUUAGUUCAGUCGAUAGAGUGCUUGACUGCAGAGCUGGAGGUUGCAGGUUCGAUUCCCAGGGCCAGACCAUUACUCAGGGUCUUAAAGUACUGUAAAAUUCCGGAAAAUAAGCCCCGCCAUGUAUAAGCCCCUCCAAAUAUAAGCCCCCCAAAAUCGUGUCGCAAAAAACCCUCUGUUUAAUCGCCCCUCCAAGUAUAAGCCUCCCCUGGGGGCUUGUACUUGGAAUUUGCCCUCGAAUACAAAGUUAUGUAAAACAAAGCAAAAAUGGUCAAUUUCCUUCCCACUACAAGCUAGCCCAAUCGAUUUUGAAACACAAAUUUCCCUCUGUAGAUAAGCCCCUCCGAAUAUAAGUCCCUCAAAAAGGGCCUUUGAAAAAUAUAAGUCCCGGGGCUUAUUUUCGGAAUUUUACGGUAACUGACAAAUGAAGUUACUCCCUUUGCAGUGCAAGCGGCAAGACCUUUGCGUGGCUCAGAUGACCAUGUAAAAUGGCGGUCCCGUCUCCACUAGGAGAUGAAAAAAAUAGUGUCCCCAAUUAGCGCUUUCGUGCUUAAUACAUUGACACUCAAAUAAAGUGCAUUUUACAUUUUUGUUUCUCUGUUAUCCUUGCCUGACAUACUAUUAAUUUUAUUUUGCAAAUUAAUUUUACUAGUCUCAACUUUACUGUGUUUGAUAUGUCUGGCCAAGGAAGAUACAGAAAUCUGUGGGAACAUUAUUACAAGUAAGUUUGCUUUAAGCAGGGUAUUUUGAAGGUGAUUUAGACCCAGUUCAAUUACUGUGUAAUUCAUAGACUGAUAGCAUCAACCUAAUUGAUGACAUCAGCUGUGGUCACACUACAGACUUUUACCUAGGUAAAAGCAAUUUACCUAGGGUAAAUUCAUAAAAAAUCUCCUGACGUAAAUUCAUCUCAGGUUUUGUUUUACCUAGGUGAAAAUUCUGGGAAGGUCACACUACUGAUAUCAGCUCCCAAGGUUUUCACGCCAGUUGAAUUUUUUGGAGCGUAAAGAUGCACAGGGAUCUAGCUGAUCAAAGAGACGUUUUUUCUCUUUUAUCUCACUGUUAUUUCUUACGCUAUUCAACGUGCAAGGUGAAGAAAGCCGAAGACGUAGACGACUCGUGCCCCCAAAAACUUCUUUCAGAGCAUGAGCUAUGUCCGGUUCUGUCAUCAAGACCUUCACCGAUGAGCGUCGAUUUGCUAGCAAUCUCGGUAUUUCAUUUUUCCCUAGCUAUCGCUUUGGGUUAGCUGUCAAGGGAAACUCUUUUGUUCUCGAGACAUAUCCAAGACCCAGACGAUAAAAUUUCCCUGAGGUAAGUUACCUAGGGAAAAAUUGGUCACACUUUAAAAAUCAAGUUUUCCCAGGUAGACUGUCAACAACACGAAUUUACCUAGGUAAAAAGUCUGUAGUGUGACCACAGCUAUUAUAUAGGGACAACAGUUCCAGCAUGGGGUCAUUUUAAGCAGUUUGGUUUGUAGCCUGAGAAAACAGCUGACAUCUCAUGAUGCCACCAAUAGUUUGCCCACAAAAUGAUGCCUGAGGAGCAAGUGCAGAAAUUCCAUACUGAUGAUGCAUCACUACCCUGAUCAGGGUAGUGCUGUUGCACAGGUGGCCAAAUUGGUGACUCUGAUUGCUAGGAUAGUUACCCUGCGGCUCAUUUGUGUGGAUCUCAUGCCAUGCAGUAGCAAUCGCAAUUCAAGGUGUGGUACCUGAUAAAAUAGAUUUGUUUAAGGUGACUCGACCCUGUCAGAAGUCAGCCAAGCGCGGUCAUUGCACGCGUGCUGAACAAGAAUGCUGUAUCAUGACAGACUAGAAACAAUAGACAACUCCCAAAGCACAAACUCAGCCAAAACGCUAAAAAUCUUCAAUGUUUACUCAAGUUUGGGCUUAUAGAAGAUAAUGUCACAGUUUUUCAAUGACCAUGAAAUUCAGAGUCCGGGUAGUUAGUUAAUCAAUUGUGGCCCUGAAAAAAUUUGAAGGAAAAAAAACUACGAAUUUUUAAGAAAAUGCUUUUUUCGCGAGAAGGACUCUUAAACGCUGACAAAUGUCAGCUAAUAGCGAAAACUAUAAUUUCUAUAUGUUUGCUUUGAUCAAAAUCGCGUGCAUUUACAAGGCCCUAAAUUGCUUUGCUGACUUGCAAGGACCCAUCUGUUAUAACGAUGCCCCAAAUAAAGAGAUAAAUCUCAUAGUUUAUUAGAUAUAAUCCGUGUAAAGUUUGCUUAUCAUUUUCGCAUGAAUUAUGACCUAAAUUUGGAAACCGCUGAAUUUCUCGAAUUGGGUCAGUGCGAUUUUGGUGAAACUCUGUUCAGCGCAAGGCACUAAUGCGCACUAUGUGUAGCCGAGAGAUUUUCACGAAAAAAUGCCGGCAACAGCAGAUUUUCGACUCAGACCUCAAAGGGGCGUGGCAUUAUAACCAUGUGACGUUUACUCCGAUCGCCAAAAAUUUUAUGUUAUAUUGUAGAUUGAUCUAUAUGUCAUCCAUCCUAUGUGUUAGACUUACGAUAAAAGUAAAGGUGGGGAUACCAGAGAGCUUCAAAGUAGGAUGGUACCCCCCAAAAAAAACUGGGUCGAGUCACCUUUAGCUAAUUUGCAACUUAUUCCAGGUCCAAUUAUAGGGAAAGUUUAUGUAAGAACGUGUCUGAAACUGUUUGUAAGACAGCCUUUUUUCCUUUCAUAAAUGGCUGUAAUGCAUUGGCUAUCACAUGAUCUCCUGUCACAUCAGACUAACAACUAUUUUUAAUUAGAGGUUACAGGUAACACCAUAAAACCAAAAAUUUAUUUAAUGGCUAAUGAAAAUUUUGAAGUCAAAAGUCAAGUCAAAGCUCUUGUAAGCGACCACAUUGGAAAUUCGAAAAAAGGUCAUAACUAGAGCUCUCAUAAGCCACUGCAUUGUAAAACAAUAGAGGGUGGUUGCUUACGAGAGAUUCAGAAAGACAUUUAUACAUGUAAUUCUGUGUCUGGUCAUUGCCAUGCAGGCUAAGUCAUCACUAUGGAAAUGACCUUGAACUUUACAAACCGCUUCUAGAGCUGGUUGCUGACAAGAGUGGUUGCAAGGAGAGCUUCGACUGUAGUUUUUUUUUUUUACUAUUUAGAUGUACAGUUACUAAUAAUGAUUCUUAUUUUCUUUGUUGGGCCUAUUAGAACAGCUCAAGCAGUCAUAUUUGUGCUAGACAGUAGUGACAAAUUAAGAAUGGUUGUAGCCAAAGAAGAGUUAGACAUGUUACUUCAACAUCCUGGUUAGUCAUGAAUGUUAGUGUCAAUAAAAUGUAGUCAAUAAUGGUAAUAGGACUGAGUGGAGUCCAAUUCGGUCUGUAAUCAUACGAGUGAUUAACAACAUCGGAUGACCGUGUAGCCAAAGUCCGAUUUGUUUAGUCACGAGUAUGAUUAAUAAUGGUAAUAGGACUGAGUGGAGUCCACUUCGGUAUGUAAUCAUACAAGAGAUAAACAAAAUGGGAUGACUGCAUAGCAGCACAAGUGUAAUUUGUUUAAUCGUGAGUACAGUGUAUGAUUAAAGACUGAAUUGGAUGACACGAAGUUCUGUUACCAAUUAAUCAUGACUAUAACAAAAUUUGUGAUAUUUCAGGCUUUUCAAAAUCAAAACAUAGGGAAUUUUGGUAGCAGUUAUAAAAAGCCAUUUAAGUGCACUUGUGUGAUGGCACGUAUUGUCCAAUUAUUGCUUAGGCACGAUGCAUACUGUCCUUUUACACUGUCGUAUUAGUACUGAAAUCAGGACAGCUUAUAGCCAAUCAGAUUUGAGAAUUUUGUCAAAUUUAUGAUUAAACCUAAUAGUUGCAAGUGUUUAUUAGGAUUAAAAAAACUACGAACAUUGAUUUUGUCUCCACAUUCUGUUAAAUGACAUCAUUUUUGAAAAGUGAUUAAUAAAUAUGGCUUUAUUGUUUCUUUUAUUAUUACUAACCCUGACAAAUUCAUUCUUCUUCAGAAAUUACUCAAAGGAGAGUGCCUAUUUUAGUUUUUGCAAAUAAAAUGGACCUGAAAGAUUCUCUCUCCCCUGUCCAGGUAGAACUGUUUUAUUUAUUUACUAUCUUAAAGGACAGUAAUAUUUAUAAUAAUAUACAUGUCUGUGUGAUUUUGCUAAAAGGUGCCCGCUAAGUUUUCGCUUGAACACGGGCAUCACCCCUGUUCAAGCCAGUGUAGUUAGAAAAAAACCAGGGGGCUUGCCAUCUUGCUAGGUGUCAGCUGAGAGCUCAGGCGCAGACCUAUCCGUGGGUGGGUGGCUUCCUUGUUUUGUGUGAAAACCAGGGCAGUAGGGAGGGGAGAUUUUGUCACUUUGGUUAGAGUUUUAUGUCAGAAAGCAGUGCAAAGUCAGAGAAUUUUUCCUGUGGCCUAGGCCAGCCAAAUCAAUGCGGUGACUCAUAAUCAUAACACUACUAGCAGAGCUUGGGGGAAGUGACUGACUAGUCACAAGCUUCAUGGGUGGGGAGGGUGAGUAAUGGCUCCUUGGAGUUGACUGCCUAGAGACUCAGUACAGGCACCUUGUAUGAAAUCCAGACAGACAUGUAAAACAUAAAACAAAUGGCCACGUUAUGGUUUUUACAAACCAAUAUGUACUAUUAGAUCAUUAUUGUAAAAAAGGAUAUGCUGGCUUUGAAAUUAAUUGUUUGGUUUAUUUUCAGUGUUCAAACAAGAUGGGUUUACAUGAUAUAACAAACAAACCAUGGCAUAUAUGGUAAUUAAGAUGUCUUAUGUAAGAUGGCUUGCAAUGGCCACUCAAUUUAAUUUUAAAUUUAAUUCGUAAUUUGGCAGCAUUCGAAAGACCUAAAGCAUUUAAGAGCUAAGACACUUUCGAAUGUGAUGCAUUGGUCUUAACCCUUUAAGCCCCAAUAGAGUGAUUUUCGUGUGACCUUAAAAAAUGGUUUUGUUGAGUAUUCGUUAUUUGUUUUAUCAGCCAAUGGAUGAAAUUUCAAAACAUGGCCUCUUCGUUUUCCCGCCAAAGAAAACCCUAAUAUGGAGAAGGUCUUGUUCGAUUGGCCAAUCGUGUUGCAGUGUGACGUCAAAGCAAAGUAUCGGUUGAUUUCUAGAAAGUUCUCUGGCAUGAAGUUUUUUCACCCAACCAUUCGCUUAUCCAACCAAAAGCCAUGCACGUUUGUGUCCGUUCGAUCAACCAAUCAUAUCGCUCUAUUUCGGUUUGUUUGUUGUUUCUGUUUUGUUCGUGCGUUUUCAUUUCAAGGUCAUACGAAAAUCGCCCUAUCCUUAUACAAAUUCUCCAAACUGGUCUCUAUACUUUUCCAUAAAGAAUACAUUGAGAGAAUUUGAUAAAAGAUCAAAGCAUUUUAUUUUGGUGAUCAUUUUAUCAAUUCUCACAACCUUUUCUCUUAAUUGUAUACUGAUAUUGUUGGGAGAAAAUUGGUGUUUGUCACUUUCAGGACUUAAAGGGUUACUAGAUACUAGGGAAGUAACUUAAAGACAACAACCCAAAAAGAACCCUUAAUCAAAACGAAAAAAUUUGAAAUUGUGGUCAACAUUCAGUGUGCAAACUAGUGUCCAGUGGCCUGGGGCUAGUGGAUUUUGCUAUCAGGAUAGUGAAUUCUGUUUUUAACUUGUCCGACAGGCAAGUGAUAUUUUUUUGAGGAAUUCAAAUAACAGAAGAACUGUGAAAUCAAUUCUGCUAGUCAAAAAGUUUUUGGGGCUCAGGUUGAAGUGACGCCUGGGCUAGCAAAUGCCAGUAAAAAUGAUUUCUUUGCACCCUGACAUUAUACCAAGGUAUUUCGUCAUGAAUCUUUACUUCACGUGAGGUUGUGUGACAAUUUUGUCAUUCAUCACUUGAGGCAAGCAUCAUCACAGAUAGCUUUGAUCAGUUCAUGGCAAUCUGUUACCUUUGGUUUCCAUAAUCAUGCAACAGUUCUUGUUCAAGUUACAAACUUCCAAAGUCAUACUUUGUUAAAAUUUAUUUCUGUUUUUCUUUUCUAUGUAAAUGUAAAGUACUUCAUUUAUGUCCCUUUUUUAUUUGUAGUGCCAGUAAUGCUCUCACAGGGGAAGGACUGAAUGAUGGGGUUGAUUGGCUUACAGGUGGGUGUAACUGCCACAUGUGA